AAGACAUCACAACCAACCUCCCUCUCGCGUUUAGCUAGCCAUUUACAGCAGGGCAAUUCCACCUGCCUUACAUCACUCGUCGUCCCAUCCCAACCAAACAACAAACAAUUGUCCCCAGACAAUAAAUCAUCCUCCACCAUGUCUCGGGCAGGAACCUGGAUGAAGAUGCUCGGCGUCGGCAUCGUCAUCUGUGUCGGCGGUCCGGCUUUCGUCCAAUACAUCCGUCCUACCGACGAAGAAUUGUUCAAGCGUUAUAACCCGGAUCUUCAGAAGCGGAGUUUGGAGGAAGGGGAUCGCCGGGCUCGGGAAUUCGAUGAAUAUGUUACCCGGUUGAAGCAAUGGUCUAAGUCUGAUAAGUCGAUCUGGUACGCGGCGCAGGAACAACAGGAACAGAAGCGCGUGGAGGCUGAGGUACAACGGAAUCAGGCUAGGGAUGAUGCGAAGGUACAACGUGAGGAGAUGAGGAAGGAAUUGCUGGGUGAGAAAUAGGCUUGUUGCGGAGGUAUAUCUCCACGGGAGUGAAUCUGCUGUGACUAGCUCAUUUCUCUAUGCUGGAGAUGUAGCUGGAUCGGACAUGAUGCUGGGAAGGAACGUUGACUCCUGCAUCGUGCU